GACAAACAGCUCGGUCAACGGACAGCAAUACCCUUUCACAGUAUCUGGAUCAUAGUCAUCCCCGCGGGUCUAAUUAUCCUCAUAAACAUCGGACCAACGAUUCUGUUUCACAGAGACUUGUCACUACUUAUGGAAUCCUUUUUUUUCUCAUACAUCACUGCUCCCAUAUCAAAGUUUGAGGGGGUAUUUUGGAGCAAUAACAGAACUCAACAAAGGGCCUCGCCUGAGAUUAUAGAAUUUUUGUGGACAUUGAAUAGCAUCUUUGCGCUGGUUUUUGCAGGCGCCAUGGUGAUGCUUGGGUCCUGGCCUGCGGAAACCCAUCCGAUGCUCUCUAAGAUGAAUUAG